AUGCAGGGCCUGAGCUCCCGGGCUCACGCCUUUUCCGUGGAGGCGCUGGUCGGGAAGCCCUGCAAGAGGAUGAAAACGUCUGAGGGCCUCGAGUCAAGUUCCGAUGGAGACACCGGCAGCGAUCGGAGCAUCUUCAUCGGUCAGCGUGAUCAUCUCUCCAGCCAGGUAAAGAAAGUGGGAUCAUCAGUGAGGAGGCCGGACGACUCCUCCUCUGACCCGCAGAGACGGGCAGUCCCGGCAGGCUGCGGAGACUGCGACCCGGACAGCGACGACAAGAAGCCGAGGGAGAGCGACAGUCGGCCGGACAGGGAGGUCCGGGUGGAGCUGCAGGGCUCCGAGCUGUGGAAGCGAUUCUAUGAGAUCGGGACUGAGAUGAUCAUCACUAAAGCUGGCAGGAGGAUGUUUCCCUCUGUGCGCGUAAAAGUGCGCAAUCUGGACCCGUGUCAGCAGUACUAUAUCGCGAUGGACGUCAUGCCGGUGGACUCCAAACGCUACAGGUACGUGUACCACAGCUCUCAGUGGAUGGUGGCGGGAAACACGGACCACUCGUGCAUCUCCCCGCGGCUCUACGUGCACCCGGACUCGCCGUGCGCCGGAGAGACGUGGAUGCGUCAGGUCAUCAGCUUCGACCGGGUCAAGCUCACCAACAAUGAGAUGGACGACAAGGGGCAUAUCAUCCUUCAGUCGAUGCAUAAAUACAAGCCACGAGUGCACGUCAUCCGGCACGACCCCCGGCUGGACCUGUCCCAGAUCCAGUCGCUGCCGGCCGAGGGAGUGCACAGCUUCUCCUUCCCCGAAACCGAGUUCACCACCGUCACAGCCUACCAGAAUCAGCAGAUCACCAAGCUGAAGAUCGACAGGAACCCCUUCGCCAAGGGCUUCAGGGACCCGGGGAGGAAUAGAGGGGUGUUGGAUGGCCUGUUGGAGUCAUAUCCCUGGAGAGGCCCUCUCAGCCUGGACUUUAAGCCGUUUGCCAUUCAACUCCAAGGCAGCUCGGGAUCGAGUGGCCCGGUGAAGGGCCUCCUCCCUCUCUCCCCGUCUUCGGCCCUUCAUCCGUUCUCGGCGCUGUCCUGCCAGGACGCCGCCGCCCUCCACACCCUGGCCUUCCCGCUCUACAGCAAGUCGGCCGCCGUCUCCCCGCUGGCCGGCCGAGCCUUCACCUCCUCCUCCUCCUCCUCCUCCUCCUCAGACAGACUGCGGGGCCUUCCCCUGCUGCCUCCGCUGACGGACCUCUCGCUGCUGUCGGCGCUGCAGGGGAAGAAGCCCCCCCUCUGCAGGGACGCGUGUCCGGCGGCGGGGUCCCCCGAGAGCCCCCCGUGCCUGAUCCCCCUCCACGGGCCCCUGGGCCCCCCGGGGUCCGCUCUGAUCCCUCACCUCGCCGAGGCGGCGGCGGCGGCGGCGGGCCCCUACUGUCUGUACCGCUACAGCUUCCCCCUCAGCCCCCAGCUCGCCGCCGUUUCCCGGCACGCCAAGCUGUCCGAGGACAGCGCCGCCGCCACAGACUGCUCGCCGCGCCAGUCUCCGUGGCACCCGACCACCAACCACUGCCUCUGA